UGUUUGUUUUUUCAGGUUGGUCGUCUUAGCCACACGGAUGAAGAGAUUGUAGAAAAUAUAUUGGCGGUCGUUAAGAAACUGGCUAGAUCCAUCCCAGGGGGAUGGAAAAAUAUAAUGAAUCUUAAUCUCAAACUAGCACUAUCAUUAUCAGUUCCUAUCUAUGUUAAAAUAGGUUCUCUGAAUGAUAUUGGUGUCAUCCCUCAGAGGCCAUUGUAUAUGAAGAAGCCAAUAUCAGGUGUACUUAACAACAGAGUGGUUACUAUUUAUCCUGAUAGCAGUAUUACAGUUGUAAAUAUGCAUAAGAAGGUUCUUGACAGAAUUCCUGAAGACGAAAUAGAUGAGAUACCAAAAAAAUUCAAGAAAUAUGUUGCUAGAAACUGUGAAAAAAAAACUGACAAAAAGGAAAAUGAGGGAAAGAAGCAGAAGGAAUCAGAGUGCAUAGUGGAAUCUGAAGACAUUAGUGCAGUACAAGCAGAAAAUACAAAAGUCACAUCAAAAGAAAAGAAGAAGAAACUGUCAAAGAAAGGUAAGAAGCAGGAGAAAGAAAGCACAGUGAAACUUGUUAGUGGUAAUACUACAGAAAUUAAAAAAAAGGUAAAGAAAAAGAAAACAGCAAAGGCCAAGCAACAGGAGGAAGAGGUCAUGAUGGAUCUUGACCAAGAUGGGACAACAGAAAUUGAAUUUACAAAGGCAAAGAAAUCAGUAAAGAAGAAAAUGGGAAAGAAGCUAGCUGAAUAUGAAUGCUCUAGUUCUGAUGAUGAAGAUUUAGAAGCACAGGAGUUAGCUUACUUAAAAAAACUUAGUGAGCAACGAAAGGCUUUGGAUGAUACUGAAGGUAGUGUUAAGGAUAUUGACAGUGAUGAAGCUGCUGCUUGGAAUGAAAUGAGUGAUGAUGAUGUGGAUGAAAGUGAUGAUGAAUGACUUCAAUAAUUUUAUAUACAUUUCUCUGGCACUGUACUCUGAGAGGGGUGGGGAUGUUGCAGUUUGGAGGGGCAUCUGAGCUGUAAUGUAUGCACCCUCUGGCAAGACGGUGAUGAGGUGAGCGAUGGUGAAAGUUUGUUCUCCUCCUCACCCUACCUCGGUGGGAGACGGCUGGUGUGUGAAAAAAUAUUUCGUUGGAGGUAAUGUAUUUAAAUUGUAAUUUUGCAUGCACAUUUUCUUGCUGAAAGCCUCAUCACAGUUUCUUCACAUGUACAUUUCUAGAAGCUUAACACUCAACUUGAGAGGCACACAUUAUAGUUAUGUUUGACAAAUACAUGCAUCUUAUUUUUUGUUAUUUUAGAGCCACUUAGACUGACUUCAUUUAUCAGAAUGUGAGAGGCAUUGAAAAAAAUACUAUUAUGACAUUGAUAAUAUAGAGGUACAAUACUACUGCAUUGUUAUAUUAUUGUUAACAAACUAAUGAUGACUCUGUAUUGAGUUUAUUCUGUAAUAUAGUAUUUCUAAUUAUCUUUGAACAGCCUAAUGCUGGCACAGUUCAUGUGAUAGGGGAAAAGGAAAAUUAGUAAAGGAUUGUUGACAUUUGUCCCUAUGAAUUUUAAUAAAAAAAUUGGCUUUUCUAUCAAAAUGUAAAAUGCUAUCUAUAUAUUAAAUUGUCAUUACUUG